CGAGAAAAUUCCGUAAGGAUUCUUAUCAAACGGGGGGUGCAACACUCAAUUGGGUGAUGUGCGCCCUCUGUAUUACCAGCUUGGCCGUGUCCGGUCUACUGAUAUACAGGGAACUAAGAUUGGAAUCGCGUAUCGCCAAUUUGGAAGCUCGUUAUCAGUUACAAGAAACACCGGACCUUCUUAUUCAAAGGCUCAAGAGAGAAGUACAGCUACAAUUGGCGAGGCAUCAUUUCACCACGGAAUCGAACACAUUUCGGAUCAAACGAGACACGUCCAAGUGCAAUUGUCCACCAGGUCCUCCCGGUGAGCCAGGUCCUCCCGGAAAAAGGGGGAAAAAAGGGAAAAAGGGUGAUCCCGGGGUACAAGGCCCGAAGGGUGUGGAGGGGAUCCAGGGCAAAUACGGUUUUCCGGGACCUAUUGGGUUAGAUGGACCAAAAGGUGACCCGGGUGGACCCGGAGAAAAGGGACAGAAAGGCGAACUGGGAAGACCCGGCUUUGACGUCUUUUCUGCAGUAAAGGCACUUCAGGAGCAAGGGCAUAAUAUCUCAGCGCAGACCAUCAUACAACUGAAAGGAGAGCCAGGCGAACCUGGACCACCGGGACCACCCGGUCCUCCGGGAUCAGAAGGUCUUCCUGGGCUGAACGGCAGUAAAGGAACUACGGGUGACCUCGGGCUACCGGGUGAAAAGGGAGCACCAGGAUCGAUUGGGCCUAUUGGUCCGACUGGUACGCCAGGACUUCAGGGUCCUAAGGGUGAUAGAGGUGAUAAAGGCGAUCGGGGUAUAACAACGUCUUUGAACGGUGAACCGUUUCCAUCUGGAGUGUUCGAAGGACCGCCUGGUCCACCAGGACCACCUGGGCCCCAGGGCGUGAAGGGGGAGCUGGGUCCGGCGGGACCACCCGGUCCGCCGGGAGAGAAUGGUGGCCGGGGAAAACAAGGGAAGAAGGGUAUCAAGGGUGAGAGCGGUGUGGCAUUGAUGAGAGGCCCACCUGGGCUAACGGGUCCAAAAGGUGAACCCGGUGAACGGGGUUACCGGGGCGAGAAGGGCACCAAGGGAGACACGGGCUCAUCAGGGCCGAAGGGAGAUCAAGGACCGCCCGGUUUUUCGGGGCUGAACGGGAAAGACGGAGAGGCUGGUAUUCAGGGUCCUCCUGGACUGCCAGGUAUUUCUGGACCUAAAGGUGAGAAAGGUGAAUAUGGUGACAUUGGACCUCCAGGACUAAUGGGGCCACCAGGUUUACCUGGCCCACCGGGUUAUCCAGGUUUGAAAGGUGAAAAAGGAGAGAAAGGCGAAUCGAAAUACAAAAAACUUAGGCGAAGACAGGGAGAUGGUACGUUUGAAGUAAAUGCCGGUGAAGUGAUAAUGGGACCGCCGGGACCACCUGGUCCAUCUGGUACUCCUGGGCUUCAAGGUCCACCUGGGAUAAAAGGCGACCGAGGACACGAUGGCGCCAAAGGCGAUCCUGGAGAGAAGGGUGCCAAAGGAGAUCCUGGUCCAAUGGGACUACCCGGCCCCAUGGGACUGAGAGGAGAAUCCGGAAAACCCGGGGAUGCCGGGAAACCUGGUGCCAUGGGGACAUCAGGAUUAGACGGCAUGAAGGGUGCACAAGGAGAACCAGGCACAAAGGGAGAAAGAGGGGACCCUGGCCUACCUGGUACCGAUGGAAUUCCUGGCGCGGAGGGACCGAAGGGAGAGAAAGGUGCUAAAGGCGAAUCUGGACCGCCGGGGAAACGCGGUAGAAAAGGCGACAAGGGUGAUAAAGGGGAUCAGGGUGUACCUGGACUCGACGCUCCUUGUCCAUUAGGGGACGAUGGACUUCCGUUACCAGGAUGCGGCUGGAGGCCACCCCAGCAGGACAUCACUAGCACUUCAAUACCAGCUGUCGAAGGUCCUGAACCAGCAGAAACGGAUUACGAGGAGCAAGAAGAGGAAUACGAAGAAUAUACGGAUCCGAACGGAAACCUAGCCGAGCAAUAAUGCUCAUAGUGCGCUGCCCUAAUCACUACCAACAACUACCACCACUACUACCAAUACCAUCAUCACUACAACCACCAAAACCACCACCGCCAUCGUCCUCAUCACUCGUCUCACUUUGCUCUCCUAAACUAACGUGGUCCUGGUAAUUGCAAGUCCCGUAGUUAUACUAACGUUGUGUGCAUGUACAAUAACUAGCAACACUAAGUAACAAAAAUGUUUCGAACAAAAAGAUGCUUUUUACU